UCUCCCUAUUUCACCUCGGUCCCAGCCAAAGCAGUAAAUACACCAGCGCGUUUCUCAGGAUCCAGAAGCGUGCGGUUUGCCAGGCGUGUCCGCGUUUGAAUCGGUGCAAGAAUACGGCAAAACAUUGGCCAGAUCUACCCUAAUGAUAUAACCAGAGCUGUCCUCGGGAUGCAAUGACGGCGGGAGCUGGUGGACGAAGUGCGCUCUGAAAAAAGGAAAAAGAAAGAACCUUCAGUGAACUUAUUCAUUGUGGUAGCUGCCUCAUAUCACUGGAAGAAUGAGCACCUCCCCAAACGGAUCUCGUGCCUCCAUCGAUCUCUUGGAGGAGCUGCAGAUUAUUGCGGCAGACAACCUUGAGAAGCUAGACAUCAAUAAGUACUAUGAAGUUAUUAGGGAGCUGGGCAAGGGCACCUAUGGCAAGGUGGAUCUGGUUGUCCACAAAUUUAGAGGGACAAAGAUGGCUCUGAAGUUCUUGCGGAAGAAAACCACCAAGCUGAAGAGCUUUCUGAGGGAGUAUAGCAUCUCACUCUACGUUUCACCGUGCCCAUACAUCAUCAGCAUGUAUGGCAUCCUCUUUGAGACAGACGAGUAUUACAUCUUUGCUCAAGAGUAUGCAUUAGCUGGGGACCUCUUUGACAUCAUUCCCCCUCAGGUGGGGCUGCCAGAAACCGUGGCCAAACGCUGUGUACACCAGGUUGCCUUGGCACUGGACUACAUUCAUUCUAAGAAGCUGGUGCAUCGUGACAUCAAGCCCGAGAACGUACUCAUAUUCGACCAGGAGUGCCGUAAGGUCAAGCUGUCUGACUUCGGCAUGACGCGUCGAGCUGGUUCACCAGUAAAGCGUGUGAGCGGUACCAUCCCCUACACGGCACCUGAGCUAUGUGUGCCAGGCCGCCAUGAUGGUUUCUGUGUGGACUACAGCACAGAUGUGUGGGCCUUUGGAGUGCUCCUUUUCUGUAUGCUCACAGGCAACUUUCCGUGGGAGAAGGCGCUACCAUGUGACGCCUUUUACGAGGAGUUUGCACGCUGGCAGCAGCAGCCAAGGAGGAGGGCAGGUGCAGUUCCAUCACAGUGGCGCCGUUUUACCAGUGAAGCAUUGCGCAUGUUCCGGCACCUCCUGGCUAUCGAGAAGGAGCAACGCUGCUCUGUCAGUGAGGUGCUUAACUUCCUCUGCUACUGCUGGAUGCUAGACACAGAAAAUGGCAACACUGCUACCUCCCCCACUGGCACCGUGCUCAAUGGGCACGUGGCUGAGCUUAGCUCUUCUUCCUCAGAGGAAGGUGAUCUGGUGGAGCGUCUGAAGCAGCAGAGUCUCUCACCCAUGUGCGCCGUGGCCAAAGCAGGCAUAGACAUUGAGCCAGUGACACCGCCCUACUCCACCGGGUCUACAAUCAACUCUCCUUCCACUAAUAACAGCUACGAGCGUGUCUCCCGUGACAACAAUGGAAAUGGAGGCCGCAUCCUUGUGACCACACCCAUUGAGAUCUGUGUGUAGUGAGACUUUAUAAGGUAACAGACUUUACACAUACUCAAAUCACUGGAAACCAGUUGACAUCAGCGAGGACUCAAAUCCAAAAACAAGAAGGAAAUGCUCCGUCUUUUAUGCUGAGUGUAGAACAUGGUAAAAAUGUUCUAUGGAGGCAGACUAGUUCAUUGUUCCUUAUGAUGAGUGUCUCUGAGGGAAUGCUACAAGUUGAAAACAGUAAAAUUAAACUGAUUGUGUAUAUCAGCAUUUUAACUCUGUUAGUCCAAUUGUAAUCAGUCCACCAUUAGCAACAGUGCACACAUGGAAAAAAAAAAACUAGCAGGCAUGAAACAUCAUGUACCAUCAUAUAGCAAUAUGUUCAAUGUUUUGCUAAAUUAAAAAUCAAAUGUAACAACGGUCAAAGUUGUCUGAGACUAACUGCAAAAACACAUAAUGUGAAAAUGUUCAUAAUGUGAUUUUUGGAAGUGGUACUUAUUUGUGCUUGAAUGUCCAUUUGGUUAGUGGGUAACUUCAAUAAAAUGAUAGGGUUUUUUUGCAUUAUUUAUUUUGGUCUUGUACUUCUGAUAUUUUCCUAUUUAUUUUAUACUGUAGCAGUAUAUACGUAAUUAUGCCCAGUUGCCAUUAUAGUGUGUUGCAUUGUGGAAAAAAAAAAAAAAAUCAAGUUCCUUUAAAUUCAAAUGGUAUCAGAACCUCCCUAGGACGUUAUCUUAGUUUGAACAGUACAUGCAUGCCAUUUUCUCUUGUUUCUUAGUAUGGUGCAUAUUUGAGAGCUUCAAUGGGUCUUCUCAUAAUGAGCGAGGCCAGAUCGUUCAGAUGAUGUCAUCAACGUGAUUACAGUACAUCCAAUUGUCUGUCACUAUUCCAAUCACCGAGAAGGUUUGAUUUGUGCUAAAAAGAGAAAUGGGGCUGUGCUCAAACACCGAGCAUGGCAGAAAUUCCAAUGUGGUAAUACAGAAUUAUUAUUAUUACAUGGCUUGAGAAAAAAUCACUGCUGUAGAUGUUAUUGUCGCUGUUUUAUGAGUAGAGAUUUUUAUUUAAAGAAUUCUUCCAACUUUAAGGUCUUCAUUUUAUUUAAAUUUUUUUUAGAAUUUCUCAGGUAUAUAUGGCUAUACUGUGUAAUAUAUCACACUAGCCAAGGUCAAGUCAUGUUAUUUAAAGGAAAAGGAAGAACAUUGUGUCAGUGCAGCUGGAAUGUGUGACAGAGAAACUGACCGCAGAUAAGCCAUGCUGCAUAACACAACAAACUCUGAAUCAUAUAAAAUAUGGAACUUGAUUUGAUCAAGACUGUUAUCACUUGCCGUAUGUGACUCAUUUGUUUCCAGAGCUAGUUAUAAAAAACGACGUGGAUGUCACAUUCGAUGUUUUGUUUAAGCUCUCACUUCAACCUUAAAUGAAAGGUUUUUAAAACUAUUAAUUAUUUUAAAACCAAAAACUCCUUGGUAAUGGGGUUUUCAUAAAGAUCUAACCGACAUAUCUCCUUUGUCAAAAUUUUGAAAGAAUUUUAUAGCAUGGUUUUUAUUAUUUUAUUCAUGUACUUGGGUGGGAAUUUUUUUUAAAUACCAAUUUUGAUAAAGGCAUGGUAGCAGAAGUGUUUCAAAAAAAUUGUUAAAUACAAAAUAGAACAAACGAAUAACUAAUGUGGCUUUUUUGAAAGUGUUUCUGAAAUUGCAUGGAUAUAAAACCUAUAUAAACGGGUCUUUUUAUCUGUGCUACCUUUUAGAUUUGUGAAAUUCAAUGUGUUGUGGUUAUUUUUCUGUAGCACAAAUUUGCAUAAAUUGCUAUCGUAAUGGAAUUUAUAAAAAUGAAAAGAAAAAGGAAAACAAAUGUAGGGCUUCAUUUAUUCUCUCUGUGCUGUAGGCCUACUUACGUUCUAAUUAGGUGGUUUAGAGCAUUAGUGCAGUCUGUCAGACAACCUUUUCUUGGAUAUAUUGAACUUUUUUGGAUUCCAUUAAUGCCUGUCAACAGAUAAGAAAUGAAAAGUUUCUUUUUUUUUUUGAAAAAAGACAACAUGACCAGACAUUACUAUUCACAGACACAUUUUUUUCUGAAUUGUCUGUUGAUAUUUGCAUGCAUCAAUAUUGUUCUGGAGAGAUUAUGUUGAAAUAAAUACAUAUCCUUGAUGCAGAAGU